ACCUGGGCGGAGAGACGGAGCCCAAAAGAGAAGUUGAGAGGGAGAGAGAGAGAAAAUGAGAGACGUGCUGUCAGAGUGAGAGCUGAAGGACAUGCAUCCAUUUCUACACAAUUUCAGACUGUCGCUACUUUCAUUUACUCAUAUCCAGGCGCUUUUCUUCACAAGAGGCUAAUAAUGCUAAUUAACGCAACGGGUGGAUGUAUUUCCUGAAAUAUUAAAGAGCGCACUAAAUCCUUUUCCCGAAAUCUAUUUUUUCGAUUUUAUUUCGAUCAUUGUUGCAGGUGUUAAACGCAACAGCUUUCGUCUGUAGGAGUCUCAUUUUAAGAAAUAGAGGUUUAUACGUCUGUCAUUAAAAACCUUCAAUCUGGAAUCACUGCUUGACAACGGACGAGGACGAAAUGAUGGCAUUAUUCUGACAACAUGAAAAAGAAAAAGUGCGGAGGAAUAAUAUUGCACUGCUCUUGAAAUCACCAUAUGAAGGUGGAGAAAGACUGAUUGGAGAGAGUCUGUAUUUUAGAUGCAAUACAUAUGCCCAAAUAAUGCAGAGCACUGAUGGUAAUGUGAUGAGUCUUGCAUUUGUCACAGAUAUUGCUGGAAGGAGCAAGAGGAGAGGAGGGGGUGUCAGAGAGAGGGUGGACGAGAGAAGGCGAUAGAGAGAGAGAGAGAGAGAGCGCUCAGAGCGAUUAGAUGUGGAUGGGUUCAUAGAGUUGAGGAGCAGAGCACAAACAUAUCUGCUGGAGCCUGGUUGCCAUGGAUCCCCCUCCCUCUCUGAGUCUGGCCCUUCUCAGUGCGAGCGAAGACGAAGAGCAACGUCUGCCCCUUCCUCUCGGUGGUCUCUCCCAUGCUUCCCUUUCUGGCAACUACCCUGGGACCAACCACUCGAAUCACACUGGAGGCAACAGCAGCUUGGAGCGUCUCAAUGGCACUCCGUCGCCCACCACACCGAACCUUCCCCCGGCAUCGCUGCCCAAGCUGCCCUUGUCCACGACACCAAUCCCCAACGCUCUCCACCCCACCAGCACACCACUCUCCUCCUGCCUUGGCAGCCAACAUAGCCUGAGCGGGGAGACCUCGCCUGUCUACAACGCUCUGUUCUACUCCUCUCAUUCGCCAUCCACUGAGCGAGAGCGGGAGAGGGGAUGCAAGCACAGGCAGGCCAGUCCGCUGGUGCACAGGCGGGACAGUAACCCCUUUACCGAGAUUGCCAUGAGCUCUUGCAAGUACAGCGGCGGCGUGAUGAAGCCGCUCAGCCGCCUCAGUGCCUCCCGCCGGAACCUCAUCGAGUCCGACAGCGGAAGUGACACCAAAGAGGGCGGGGCGAGUGGGAGCCAGGUGACCGCGGCCUCCUCUCAACACAGUCAGCCCCAAACCCAGAACCCCCCAGAGAUUGUUAUCUCCUCAAAAGAGGAUCCUCCUUACGGACACGCUUACGAACUCGAGGCCUCGGCCAAUCAAAUGUCCAUCUACCACCAGAACCACGCCCUCUCUGAGAGCAGGGGUGUGCUGGGAGGCGUGGCACGGGGCGGGACUAAUGGAAGGAGGGGCGGUGCUGUCGUGGGAGGGCCGGGGAGGACCGCUUCCAAAGCCAGUAAACGUAAGAAUCAGAACAUUGGCUACAAACUAGGCCACAGGAGGGCACUGUUCGAAAAGAGGAAGAGACUUAGCGACUAUGCGCUCAUAUUCGGCAUGUUUGGCAUUGUUGUCAUGGUGAUUGAGACCGAGCUGUCCUGGGGUGUCUACACUAAGAGCUCCAUGUAUUCACUGGCACUGAAGUGUCUUAUCAGCCUUUCCACCGUCAUUCUUCUUGGACUAAUCAUCGCUUACCAUGCUCGAGAGGUGCAGCUCUUCGUCAUUGACAAUGGUGCGGACGACUGGCGGAUCGCCAUGACCAUAGAGCGAGUGCUGCUUAUCGCUCUGGAGCUGAUUGUUUCGGCGGUUCACCCGGUGCCGGGGGACUUCAAGUUCAUGUGGCGGGCGAGACUGGCCUUCUCCUACGCUCCCUCGCAGGCAGAGGCAGAUCUAGACAUGGUGCUAUCUGUACCCAUGUUCCUUAGACUCUACCUCAUCGCCCGAGUCAUGCUGCUACAUAGCAAGCUCUUCACCGACGCCUCCUCCCGCAGCAUAGGGGCACUCAACAAGGUGCACUUUAACACACGGUUUGUGAUGAAGACCCUGAUGACCAUAUGCCCGGGCACUGUGCUGCUGGUCUUCAGUAUCUCCCUGUGGAUCAUCGCUGCCUGGACUGUACGAGUGUGUGAGAGGUAUCAUGAUGCUCAGGAUGUGACCAGUAAUUUUUUGGGUGCAAUGUGGCUCAUCUCCAUCACCUUCCUCUCCAUUGGAUAUGGAGACAUGGUGCCUCACACCUACUGUGGCAAGGGGGUGUGUCUGCUCACAGGGAUUAUGGGAGCAGGAUGCACUGCUUUGGUUGUUGCAGUGGUAGCCAGGAAGCUUGAACUGACAAAGGCGGAGAAGCAUGUGCAUAACUUUAUGAUGGACACACAGCUCACCAAACGGAUAAAGAACGCAGCGGCGAAUGUUCUACGAGAGACUUGGCUGAUAUACAAGCACACCAAACUGAUGAAGAAAAUUGACCACUCCCGCGUACGCAAGCAUCAGAGGAAGUUCCUCCAAGCCAUUCACCAAUUGCGAAGUGUUAAAAUGGAGCAGAGAAAACUCAGUGAUCAAGCCAAUACUCUGGUGGACUUAUCAAAGAUGCAGAGCGUCAUGUAUGAGCUGAUGUCUGAGCUGAACGACCGCAGUGAGGAUCUGGAGAGGCAGAUGUUAGGUCUGGAGCAGCGGGUGGAGCAGCUGACGGCCGGCUUUAAUGCUCUGCCCGCUCAUUUGUCGGCCACGCUCACUUCCCAACAUGCCGCGCUCGUUCAACUAUUGCGUGAGCGUGAUGCCAAGGUCCUGAGCCCCACUGUGCCCUCUGCCCUCUCACCAACCGCUGCCAACCCCCUCUCCGGCUCUGGCUCCGUCCCGACUCAGCCCACCGAGGACAGUCCUAACACCAGCAGCUCCAGCUGCUGAGACCCCGGUGUGGGAAGUUCCCUCCGAGGCAGAGAGAUAGAGGAUUAGUCGAAACGAAGAGAUGACAUAACCAUACAUACGCAUUCACAUAUGAUGCACUAUAACAACGAGCAUAACACAGCUUAACGCCAGAAUAUACAGUGUAAUGAUGAAGGAGGCGCUGACAUUUGCACAAAAACCCUAUGAGAAAACUGCCAUAUUUCAUGUAGUCCACAAGACGGACGUACUCUACUGUUACCAUGAAUGUAUACAUUUUAGAAGACACUGACUCAGACAUGUUAACAUGCAUGGACACUCACUCACUCACUCACUCACUCACACACAAACACACACUUUUUCUGAUUCUGUCUUUGCUACCAAAGUGCUCUGUCUAUAGUUGACUAAAAAUUGAGUGAGGUGUGACUUGCAAAACAUGGAACUAGGGUGCUUGGUAUUAGAGAGAUUAUAAAUAAUCAACAGCUGAGAAUGUUAUGAUAUCUGGACAGCACUUUUUACAGUCUGCAAGAGACUAACAGCCAUUUGAGCAAAGCAUUAUUUCGAAGAGCAACGCUGAAGCCAGUAAAUACGUUAUAAAACCCACCCCAUCAAGGUGGAACAGCUGCUCACACGGAAAUAACUGUAGAAUGAGUGAUUAUAGUCAUUUUCUUAGUGGGAUUGCUUCUAUUAUAAUGGUGUUGGAAUAAUAGACUAUUUUACUUCUGACCCCGUUUCAAUGGAGAGACCAAUUUGAAAACUGACUAAUAGUGACAUCCUGUGGCCGGAAUACUGAAUUACAUCCGCUUGGAAUAUUGUACAGUAUGCUACUACUGAAACUUAGCUUUGUAUCGCUCAGUUUUUUACCAUUAAUAAUUACUGAUGCAGUUAUAGCUCACAUUUAUUAUAAUUAUACGAUAGCCUUCUUCUCAUUCGUCAUGGAAAUUAUGAUUGCUGUAUAAAUAACGAUUUUUAUUAAUAUUAAUUAUAGAUAAGGGAGGUGCCGUUUGAGGUUGAAAUUAUUUUGUAAUUUUAUUUUACCAGAGAGAAUUAAUAAAGUAUA